GAGAGUACUGGCGGUAAGGGGGCGGAGUGAAGAACUAUUCCAAACCACGCUGCUGGGGUGUGCAGGCGUUCUGGAAGGGGACUUUUGGGUGUCAGGCAAGGACCGGGAGCGGGAAGAGCGUUGUCUGUGGCCUUGCACGCAUAGGUUUUGAUCAUGCCUCAAAGCCCAUAAGGUUCACUGUUGCUCUUCCAAGAUGCCACUCUCGGACUUCAUCCUGGCCCUGAAGGACAAUCCCUACUUUGGGGCUGGGUUUGGUUUGGUGGGCGUGGGCACAGCCCUGGCCCUGGCCCGGAAGGGUGCUCAGCUGGGCCUGGUGGCAUUCCGACGCCAUUACAUGAUCACACUGGAAGUUCCUGCCCGAGACAGGAGCUAUGGCUGGCUGCUCAGCUGGCUCACCCGUCACAGUACCCGCACCCAGCACCUCAGUGUUGAGACGUCGUACCUCCAGCACGAGAGUGGACGCAUCUCCACCAAAUUUGAAUUUGUCCCCAGCCCUGGAAACCAUUUCAUCUGGUAUCAGGGGAAAUGGAUCCGCGUGGAAAGGAGCCGGGAGAUGCAGAUGAUAGACCUGCAGACGGGGACUCCGUGGGAGUCUGUCACCUUCACAGCCCUGGGCACUGACCGCAAGGUUUUCUUCAACAUCCUGGAGGAAGCCCGAGAACUUGCCCUGCAACAGGAGGAAGGCAAGACAGUCAUGUACACAGCUGUGGGUUCUGAAUGGCGUGCCUUUGGCUACCCACGCCGCCGCCGGCCACUGAAUUCUGUGGUUCUCCAACAAGGUCUGGCAGACCGAAUUGUGAGAGACGUGCGGGAAUUCAUUGAUAACCCCCAGUGGUACAUUGACAGAGGCAUUCCCUAUAGACGCGGCUACCUGCUUCAUGGCCCCCCUGGUUGUGGAAAGAGCAGUUUUAUCACAGCCCUGGCUGGGGAGCUGGAGUACAGCAUCUGCCUGCUGAGUCUCACUGACCCUAGCCUCUCAGAUGACCGGCUCAACUACCUGCUGAGCGUGGCCCCACAGCAGAGCCUGGUGCUCCUGGAGGAUGUGGAUGCUGCCUUCCUCAGUCGAGAUCUGGCUGCAGAGAACCCAGUCAAGUACCAGGGCCUCGGCCGCCUCACCUUCAGUGGACUUCUCAAUGCCCUGGACGGUGUGGCUUCCACGGAGGCCCGCAUUGUGUUCAUGACCACCAACCACGUGGACAGACUGGAUCCUGCGCUCAUCCGCCCUGGAAGAGUGGACCUGAAGGAAUAUGUGGGCUACUGUUCUCACUGGCAGCUGACCCAGAUGUUCCAGAGGUUCUAUCCAGGGCAGGCACCUUCCUUGGCUGAGACCUUUGCAGAACGUGUCCUCAAAGUGACAAACCAGAUCAGUCCUGCCCAGGUGCAGGGUUACUUCAUGCUGUAUAAAAAUGAUCCUACAGGGGCACUCCACAGUACUGAGACUCUGAGGAGGUGAUGGCCCGGGCUGUGUGCAGCCCCCAGGAUCUCAAUAAACACGUGCCA